AUGACUAUCCCCAAAAAAAGAAAACUAUCAUCAUCAUACAACAACAACUCCACACUUUUUUUAAAUAUUCCAUAUGAAAUUAUUAUAAAAAUAUUACCACUUAUAACAAAAUCAGAUUUAAUUAACCUAGGAUUAUCAUGUUCAAAAUUCCAUGAUUUUUUAAAACCAUAUAUUUAUCAAUCAAUUACUCUUAGUUGGAAAGAUUUGAUUCUUUUGGAACAAGGAAAAUUGGGGAUCCAAAGGAUUAAUAAAUUUGUUGAAGUUUUAAAUAUUAAUGAAUAUGAUAUCAAAAAAGAAUGGAAUUUUAAUUAUAAUUCAUUGACUGAAGUAUUUGGGAAUUUAAGGAAAUUAAAGAUGAAUAUAAGUAAUUCAUCAAAUUUUUUAAAAUAUUUGAAUAAGGAUGUUAUGGGGUUGAAAGAAUUAGAAUUGAAAAGUAUGAGUUUUGAAUCAAAUUUAUUUAAUAUUAAUCAUUUAAUUAAAUUUAAAGACCUCAAAAGAUUAAAAUUAACUGGUUUUGUAAUUGAUUUUGAUGAUAAAGAUACCAAAAUCCAAUAUUUAGAAUUACAAGAUUGUUUUUGGAAUUAUCCAUUUAAUUUAGAAUUCUUUACUGGGGUAAGAGAAUUAAUUUUAAAUUAUUCAAAUCAAUUUAUCCUAAGUGAAAGAUUUAGAUUUUUCAUAAUGAAUCCGGUGUUACCAAAAUUAGAAUCAUUAUAUAUACAAAAUCAUAACCCCCAGUUAAAAUUACAUAUAACUGAAUCAAAUUUAAUUAAAAUUUUACAAAAAAAUAAUAAAAUUAUAAAAAUUCAAUUAUUUGGUAAUAUUGAAACAUCUAUAAACCCCCAGACUUGUUCAAAUAUUAAAUUUUUAAGGUCUUAG